CACAUCUUAUCGUUUUCCCGUCCAUCGUUCAUCUGAAAACAACGGCCAAGCCCCAAACUCAACUCAACGCAACGCCACGCAACGCAACGCAACGCAAUACAUCAUGAAGUCAAUCGGCAUCUUCCCGGGCUCCGGCGGCCUGGGCGGCAGCACUUACGACUACCUCUUGAAGCUCCUGCCCGCCGACCACAUCAUCCUGAUCAACCGGCAUCCGGAGAAGGUGCCGCAGGAACACAUCAAGAACGGCGUGCGGGCGCGCAAGGCCUCGUACGAGUCGAGUCCCGCGGACCUCGAGGCCGUCUUCUCGGGGAUCGAGGUGCUCUUCCUCAUCUCUUACCCGAGCCACGUGCACGACUACCGGAGAAAGGUACAACUGCCAGCGAUCAACGCCGCGCGCCGGGCGGGCGUGAAGCACAUCUUCUACAGCUCGCUGGCGUUCGGCGGCGACCUCGGGGACUCGUCGCUGGCCGAGGUGAUGCAGGCGCACCUCGACUCGGAGCGCCACCUCGCCGAGGCGGCGGCGUCGGACCCGGGCUUCACGUACACGGCGGUGCGCGAGGGCCUCUACUCGGAGUCGUACCCGAUCUACACGGCCUUCUCCGACGUCAACGCGCCGGCCGGCGAGGUCCUCAUACCCCACGACGGCUCCGGGCCGGGCGUCGCCUGGGUCAAGCGCGGCGAGCUCGGCGAGGCGACGGCCAAGCUGAUCGCGCAGUACUCGUGGGACCCGGACCACUUCCCGCACGUCAACGCCAAGGUGCUCCUGACGGGCCCGCGGGCGUGGUCGCUCGCCGAGACGGUCGCGGCGCUGGGGCGGGCGGCCGGGCGGCCGGGCCUGCGGAUCGUCAAGGUGGACGUCGACGAGUACGCCAGGCUGCCGCAGGUGCUCGCGCGGUUCGGGUCGCCGGACAAGGCGCGGACGUGGGCGACGGCGUGGCGCGCCAUCGAGGCCGGCGAGACGGCCGUCGUGACGGACACGCUGCGGGAGAUCAUCGGACGGGACCCCGAGGAGUUUGACGUGACCAUCCAGCGCCUGCGGCAGGGAUAGGAUUAAUCAACAGCGAUUUGGCUUUUUGUUUAGUCAGGAUAGAGAAGAUAAUCGGGCUCUGUCCUGUGACGGAGAGUUUUGCGGCGUAAGAACAAAAGCCAGGUCGUGCCCAGACACCACACAAAUGGCGGCUGUCGACCGAGGGAGAGAGAGAGACUAUCAGCGCAACAAUGGUUCGGGGCGAUCCAAACCCGGAAGAAAGGUGCCCGGACAGUAAUGCUUUUCUUCUACUAUCGGAUGAUUACAGAUAGGACAGUAAGCGCUUUCUUUUGGCAG